CGUGUGCGGUUCACUGUUCAGCUGCAAGGUUGCCCCUCUUCCUUUCAACACCAUCACUAUCUUCUGGACAACAAUAUUCAGGGCGCAAUGUCUUUCCACAAGAUCAUCCGUGCAGCACAUUCAAUACCUGGUUACCUGGCUGAGACGACCAUGGCGCCGAUAUUGACGACGGCGAGGCCUAUCGCGCUUCAGGUUUGUUCUUGAGCGGCACCUGAAGCUGCCCGCGUUUCAGAAGCACCCAAGCGCACCACCUUGUGCCAACGGGCGACAGCGCUCCAAUGUGUGUUCGAACAUUUACUGACAGCUUCACUGUGACUCCAAAUCUCCAAUAUUGCCAGCGGCAAAGUCUCGUUUUCCUUGUUAACAUGCUCAAAGCGUCUGCGGCGCUUGCAUUUUCUCAUCUCCGUCUGUUUCUCUGAGCCCUUGCAGGCGUUUCUUUCAUGACUGUGCCGCCUGCAUGGCCUCUCCGCAAGAGUCGAUCACGACUGUGAACGGGAGACGAUGUACUCGCUCCCGGGCCCGUACAGCGGCUACAUCGACCUCAGCCUCGACUCCAGCAGCAGCGCCAACAGUGGUUGCUCCCACUGAACCGACCACCUCGACAAUCGCAGAGCAACCACCACAGACACAACAAACCGCUGCGAGUCCCCCAGCAUCUCAACCAUUACCGCCGCCGGUAUCGUCUUCUCCAGUGGAACAAUCAGCCGUUGUGCCUCUGCCCACUUCACAAGCAGCAGUAUCUUCGGCAGCAGGUACGGGUAACGCAGUUCUCAUAUCACUUGCGACAACUCCUCUACCUGCAGUUCUUGGGUCCUCAGUACUAGCGCCAGAAGCUUCGACCCCAAACACUUCUUUACAAUCUAGCGAACCAGUUUUAGUCUCUUCGCAAGCCGCUGCAGCUCCUCCUGCAAGGAUAGCACCAAAAAGCUCUGACACUAUCGAAACAGCUGUAAUUGGGUCACCAUCAUCGUCAUCGCUGUCAUCUACUACGCCUCCCAUUGCGCAACCGGCUGUGACGGAGUCGGCUGGAGUCGCGAAUCCAACAUCUGUCGCGGCAGUCCCCGAUAUCUUAGAGACCGUCUCGUCUUCGCAAGCGCCAUCGCCAACCACGUCAAUUGCAGAGCUUCUCUCGCAGACUAGCUCCGCUACGCUAGGCAAUCCUACUCGUGGACCAGUGGGCAUCAUUGCACCAGAGCAAGGCUCACAUAGUGGCGGAGAUGGACAUAAUGGCGAGGGGUAUUCAUCCCAUAGUGGCAGUGAUACUAACAUCGGUGGUGUCGUGGGUGGCGUUGUUGGUGGGUUCGUUGGGCUCGCUCUGCUAAGCGCCCUGCUCUUCUUCUGUUUGAGGAGGCGCAAAUCAAGAGAAGGCGGCUGGAAUGAGAAGAGCGAGGAGUCAUCUGGCUUUAUGUCGAAAGUGAGGGCUGUACCGGCAGGCUUUGGUGUGUUCUUCGCAAGACUCAGAAACGAAAAGGCCGGACCUCUGGACAACCCUUAUCAACGACAUCAACCACGCUCCAGCGUUGGUUCAGUAUACUCGACGACGUCUAGUGGGCGAGGACGAUCUAUCAGUGAGCCGCAAGGGCAAUCUGCUGUUGGUGGUGGCUUUGUUCGUCGCAUGUCGAGUAGGAAGAGUGAGCGGAAUGUGUUGCGCAAGAAGACAAGCAGUGUCUCCUCGCAGUCUCCAUUUAUGAGAACCCCGGAAGCGUCAGUGUCCAGCAACAACGUCGGAAGGGACCUCUUCGCAGAUCCGGCUCCAGAUAUGUCGAGGAACCUGCGCAUCUCGAACCCUGAUACAACCGAACAACAACCUCGUGGACCUAGUCCACCACAGCCUGCAGCAACGCCUCGUGUAGCUCGAGGGCCUUUCGCGUCCCUCAUUAAUGAGAUCGACGGUGCGCCUGACUGGUUGCGAGAUUCCAACAUGACAGCCAGCUCGAUCUCGAAUCACCGACGCACGCAAAGCACAGCGUCAGCACUACAGUCACACCCUCCUUCAUCCGUAUACAGCAGGGACCCCUUCGCGGACUCUUCACCCAUCCCACCGAUACCCACUCAAUCUACCACCGCACAACAACCCCAACCCCCUCUCAACACUUAUUCCGCCUUCUCCGCCACCCGCGACUCAAACUACACAUUCUUCGGCGAGCCUGGCCCCAGCCGGCCAGGCACGAACAUGUUCACUCCCAGCCUGCCGAGCAACCCUAGCGCCAGUCGUCCCGGCACAAACCUAUUCAGCACUGCAGCAAUCACACCCGGAUUCCCCACCAGCGGGCUACCCACCAGCACGAGUCGCAUGGACCGGCAAUCCGACCCCUUCGACCUCGACAGGCCUGAAGUGUUGAGUUUCAAGGGCAUCAUGAAUCAGAUGCGGGAUAGUAUUGCGCGGCAGACGACGACUCGGAGUCGAAGGACGAGUAGUGUUGGGAACUGGUUUGGGAGGGAUGGGUCGCCGUCUGGGGCGUUGAAUGGGGCGAGUGUGAGGAGGUGACACACAAACAUCACUCUCAGUUGAGAUGAGUAUGAAUCCAAGGAGACAGGGCAAGGAAAGAAAAGGCACUUGAC